GUGUGUGUUAGGGAAGAGGGUAAUUUUUGGACUAGUGAAAACUAAUUGUGAAAAAUUUUCAAUUCCAAAAAUACCAAAUAAGAAUCUAUGAAUUUUUUUCUUUUUUCAGACACCAAGCCCAAACUGAAAAACCACUACCGAGCUCACAGACUCUCGUUCUGGCUCAACCUAGUCCCGGACCUUCACAAACCAGGAGGCGAUGACGUUCCAAUGUCCCACCAUGACCUCCCGGAUGACGAACCACCGCCUCCCAAAUUACCGACGUUGAAUCCUAAGAAACUUCCAACGACUGAAUUGCCUGCUGAUUACCAGCAGCCGGUUUCCAAUAAUUCGGUGACUGUCAAUCCUCUGGAUUCCACGGAGAGGGUAGAAGAGUUGGGGGGCAUCAGUACCACGACCCACCCCAUCGAGGACGGCUUCGCAGCUUACUCCACCGCUCUGAGCGUCACCAUAGCAAUAGGCUGCUCCCUACUGAUCCUGAACGUUCUCAUAUUCGCCGGAGUCUACUACCAGAGAGACAAAACCCGAAUGAACGAAACCGUAGGAGGCCAAUCGAAGAAGAGGAACGAAAACGGCCAAAUGCCCAACAACAUCUGCGGGGACUUAGAGAGCAGCAUCAUCGGAGUGAAAGGAGACCCUGCCACCAUACUGGGUCAUCAUCACUCGCACCAUCAACUACCCCCUCCAGAAUUUGCGGACCUGCCGCAGAACAACGCCACCCUUCCUCGACCUCCGCCUCCUCCGAAGCUUUCCAAGGCCAACGUGAAUGCCCUGGCUUCGCACCAGGUGGCGGAAAACCAACCACUGCUGUCGACGCACAGUAUACAGCUGAUAAACACCGGUACCCUAACCAAAAAGAACACUCAAAUGAACUCCAAACACAACAUCAAAAUGGAGGAAUUGAGGGUGUGACGCAAUCACGGUGCGCGGGUGAUAUGCAAUAACUUUUGCUCAAACUUUUUUUUAUUUCCGAGAGUUGCGUCUAGGAUGAUUUGAAUGGGGUGUUUAGGGAAAUUCAGUGUUGGGAUUUUGUUGCAAGGUGUAACGUUGAAUGGAGUUUCAUCGACGCCUUCUACCUCAUGUUGAAUAAAUGGAAAGUGAAGUAUUGAAUUUUUCUGCAGAAACAGAUUGAUGUUGCAAUGAUGUUGCAUUUUGAGAUAUAAGAUAUUCAAUUCUGCUUGGUGAGAAAUGUAGUUCAAGAAUAUUUUCUGUUAUUGAAAAACGAGUCGGAUAAGAAGUGAAACUAUUUUUCGUUCGUCAUAUAUCAAAAUAUUACUGAUAAACAUCAGAAGAUGAAUGACAUUAUUAUUUUUUCGAUUAAACAGAGUGAAUGUAGAGGUACGACCUCGGAAUAUCAACUUUGCAAUCUCAGAAUUCAACAAACACAAAAAUAAAAAAGUACAAUCAUUUGAAAGUAGAUAGAUUUUUGUCAUAGUAACAACUGAAUCUGAUUCAACAAAAUGGCACUUUGGGACUAAAAAGACAGCAAAUCCGAUCAUGAAUAAUCAUGUCCAAGCACAUUGGGAAUACCAAUUUCGAGAGUACAAAACUCUUCAGAGGUGUUGAAACUGAGACAUCUGAAGUCACAUAAAUAGAACGUCGUCCAGAAAAGCCAACUUCCGUCAGUAUAUCACAAAAAUGAGUUCAUUGAAUUCGAUUGAUUUUCCAAAAUU